UUUGAGGGUUUGAGAUACAUUGGUACCACUGAAUGAAUCGUAAGCAAUCGUAAAGCACGACCAGAACUUCUACAAUCUACAUAUGAUAGGCUACGUCACCAAAGAAUCAAGUGACUUAAGAAGUUUCCAGAGCGAAAAUGGGAUCUUCUCACAGUAUCGAAAUACCCGGAGGUGGAACAGAAGGUUAUCAUGUAUUGAGGGUACAGGAAGGUUCUCCAGGUCAAAAGGCUGGACUCGAAGCAUUCUUCGAUUUUAUAGUAGCUAUUGGAAAUACUCGUUUGGAUCAAGACAAUGAUACUUUGAAAGAACUCCUCAAGAAUGGUGUCGAUAAAAAAUUAGCACUUACCGUAUAUAGCAGUAAAACACAGUCUGUGAGGCAAACUGUUGUAGUACCAAGUUUGACAUGGGGUGGACAGGGUCUCCUUGGUGUAAGCGUGAGGUUUUGUUCCUUUGAAGGUUCUAAUGAAAACGUUUGGCAUGUACUUGAAGUGCAUCCAUCUUCUCCUGCCGAAGUAGCGGGCUUACGGCCAUUUACAGAUUAUAUCAUUGGUGCUGAUUCUCCUUUACACGAGUCCGAGAAUUUAUUUAGUUUGAUAGAAUCACACGAAUCCCGAUCUUUAAAGCUGUAUGUAUAUAACACGGAUGACGAUUCUUGCAGAGAAAUAAUGAUUACACCCAAUCAUAAUUGGGGUGGAGAAGGAAGUUUGGGUUGCGGAAUUGGAUAUGGAUAUCUGCAUAGAAUACCCAUCAGGAAUAUUCAAGAGCACAAAUCCAAUAAUUCCUACAUGAGUAACAUUAAGCCCACGAUUGCGACUACAAUUCCGAGUACGACACCAAUUAUGAUUCCGGACCCGAGCCAGAUUACGUGCACCGUGCCAACAAGCGUCACGGCUGGAAGUAAUAUAGUUACGAACAUACCGCCUGGUUUUUCUAUUCCAUCAAAUUACAUCACGACGCAAGGUAGCGGCACUAAAUCGGAACUUGAAGCCGUUACAUCGAUGCAACCUCCUACGUAUGCGCAAAGUUCGCAAACGUACUAUGCUCCUCAACUGAAUCCGGCUACUAUUGGAGGAUCCACUACUACUAAUUCCAUACCUUACACUGUGCCUAAUCAGAAUGUUAUUAACACAUCGUGUGGUAAUGAUUUCGGGGCACAUCCACACAAUACGAUGCCAAACAUACCCGGCAUGCCGACCACUCCGCCUUUGCCAACUUUUACUACAAUAUCAUUGAACGAAACAGCCAACGUCCAGCAUACCGGAACGCCCAAAGAUUUUACGAAUGUACAGAGUACUGUACCACCGCCUGUACAAUUUAACGUGCCUCAGUCUCAUAUGGUGACAACGCCAAUAUCGUUGCCCGGCAUGCCACCCAUUACAGUUAGCGCGAGUCUGCCUCAGAAUACAUCUUUCUAUUCGCCUGUAUUUCAACAACAGAAUGAAUUAAUCAGCGUCAACACAGUGCCCGUACCUACAGUACCAACAACGCAGUAAACGCUAUGUUAUUCCUACUGAAAAUAUUUGUUUUAUAACAAGGUACAUGUGAAGAAUAAAAGUAAAACAUGACGUAUAAAUAAUCCAUUGCAAAUAUAUAUAUAUAUUGUAUCAUUGAACUUCGCGCAUUUAUACUUCAUUACUUAUUUCAAACGUGAUGUAUAGAAAUUUUCCAACACAACGCGGACAAAUUAUAUAAUUCUGUACAUAGAUAAGGAUCGAACUAAACCAAUUAAGAGUAAUGAAGAAGUAUUAAAUCAUUGUUCUACGUU